AAAUAUUAAAUCUUACAUAACCAAAAAAAAAGGGUUUCUGCCAUUAUUUUUUAACAACUUUCGAGGGGUAGUUUUUUUCGAAAUUUCUGCGAUAAUGUCCGGUGCCGUGCAGAGCCGUGGUUUGGUCGCCCUGUUCAAGAGGGGUUGGAACGAGAUUCCCGAGGUCAUCGGCAGUACCUUCAUGGGUAUAAUCGGUAUCGGCCUGAGUAUGGGUGGCCUCUACACCUACUACAAGAAGGACGGCGACUAUAACAAAUACAAACUGGAAUACACCGUUAUCAGGCACGAUGACCCAUUGGCCAACAGACUACAAAAAGUUACCCGGACUGUCUAGAUUUGUUGUUAUUGUUGAGCCAGCAAUGUAGGGAUUUCUUGUAAAUUAUUAAAUAAAUGUAUAAAUUACAAAGA